GGUUCACUCUAUAUACCUAUGAAAUAGCGUCCAGACGUCCAGCUUUAGGAUGGCAACAAAAAGGUGGGUGCCUGGCACUCAGUGCGUUGCUAAGAAUGACCACACCAAGCCCAAAGCCGCUGAGCUGGCCUACCGCAAAGGGGACAUUCUCACCAUAGUGGAAAUAGGAACGGGCAAGGGUGUGUACAAGGCCAAACAUAACAAGACAGGAGCGGAGGGCUUGAUCUCUGCCAACAAUGUCCGGGAGCGAGAGGCCAUUCGAAUAGACCCAUGCCUCAGUCUCAUGCCCUGGUUUCAUGGCAAGAUCUCGGGGCCAGAGGCUGUGAACAAGCUGCGACCCAUGGAGGAUGGGCUGUUCCUGGUGAGAGAGUCCAUCCGGCAUCCUGGGGAUUACGUGCUGUGCGUCAGUUUUGCUGGUGAGGUCAUCCACUACCGGGUUAUCUAUCGUGACAACAAGCUGACUAUUGACAACGCACAGUUCUUCUACAACCUCAUCGAUAUGAUUGAGUUCUAUACAAAGAAUAAAGGAGCCAUCGCCACUACUCUGCAGAAACCCAAACAGAAAGAGGGCACCAAGUCGGCAGAGGCGGAGCUGUCUAAAGCUGGAUGGCUGCUGGACAUCGAGAAGCUCACACUGGGAGAGAGCAUUGGAGAGGGGGAAUUCGGAGCGGUGUAUGAGGGGGAAUACAUGGGCCAGAAGGUGGCAGUCAAGAACAUCAAGUGUGACGUCACAGCUCAGGCAUUCUUGGAGGAAACCACAGUGAUGACAAAACUCCAGCACAGGAACUUGGUGCGGUUGCUAGGAGUUAUCUUACACAAUGGACUGCACAUUGUCACUGAAUUCAUGGCUAAGGGUAACCUGGUGAAUUUCCUUCGCACUCGAGGACGCUCUAUGAUCACCACAACACAGCUGCUUCGCUUUGCACUGGACGUGUGUGAGGGGAUGGAGUACUUGGAGUCCCAGAAGCUUGUCCACAGAGACUUGGCGGCUCGCAAUGUCCUGGUGUCCAGCGACAACGUGGCAAAGGUCAGCGACUUUGGGUUGGCCAAAGUGGACUCCAAGACUGCAGACAAUGCAAAGUUGCCCAUCAAGUGGACCGCCCCUGAAGCCCUGAAGAAAGAGAAAUUCUCCACCCGCUCAGAUGUCUGGAGCUAUGGUGUACUUCUGUGGGAGACAUUCUCCUAUGGCAGACAGCCCUACCCAAAGAUGUCCCUGAAGGAGGUAAAGGAGAAGGUGGAGCAAGGCUAUCGCAUGGAGGCUCCUGAGGAGUGUCCCCCCAGCGUCUACACCCUCAUGAGGGCCUGCUGGGAGGCCGACCCUGGGAAGAGGCCCUCUUUCCGCAAACUCCGGGACAAACUGAAGAGAGAGCUGCCCAGCUGUGACACAGCCACGGGGUCUUGAGACCCUAAGCCAAAAAGCUCCCGGGGGGGCGUAGUUAUUGGACACUUGGGUUCAAAGGGGCCCAUCACCCUUCAGAAAAAAAUCAGACCAGCUUCUAUAAUGUCUGAGCAUUUUAAAUAAGCAGAACAAAAAGUAUGGAGAAUAAGUGUCAGUUUCUGUGGGUUUCAACUGAACUUUGCCAUGAGUCCAGUUAAUUAUGCUAAUAUUUAUGCAUUUAUGACAUACUGAGGAGACAGAGGUCUGCUAAUAGUGUUGAUCAGGGAAUACUAACCCUGAUCAAACAAGAUGUAAUGUGUUCAGUACGAUUCAAGCAAUAAUGUGCCAAAAUGAAAACAAUGUACAGUAUAUAUACACUGCCUUAUAAACAGCUAUAAGAUGUAAAUACUCAUUGCUGUCAGUGUUAGGAAUAUGUAAAACGAAGGUGCAUAUGAGUGAAGGAUACUAAUUAAAAACCUUAAGAGAUAUUUCCACAUACUUCAUUUGUAAAUGGUGCAUAGCUGCCAGUGAGGGCACAGGUUGGUGAUGGUGAGCUGAGGAACUCUGAGAAGUUAGAGGCUGUCUGGUCUCCAUCCCAGAUCACCAUGGGCAGACUUUCCGUUAUAGUGGGAAUGACUCCUUCUCACUGUCCUCCUGUUGCUGGGAGAGAGAAAGAGAUGGAGAGAGAGAGAGAGAGAGAUAAAAACGCUUAUCCAGGAUUAGCGCUCAGAUCACCCAUGUCUGCUUGUCUAGUACCAUAAUUGUCCAGCAAUAUGC